GAGGCGGGACCGCGCGCCACGCCCCUUCCCGGCAGCCCCCGGGCGGAGGCAUGUGGCCAUGUAGUCUGCGCGGCCGCGGGGAGCCAGGCGGGCCGGGGGCGCGGCGCAGCGCAGGAGCAGGACCCGCGCCUGGUGGAGGGCAGCAGCGGCAUGGCAGGCCCCACCCAGGAGGGGGAGCCGGGGAAGGCGUGGGGCGCUGUGUGGAGGUCUGAGCGCUGGCAGGUGGGCUUCCUGUGCUUCUACGGCUUCGUGGCCCAGCUGCGGCCAGGGGAGAGUUUCAUCACACCUUACCUGCUGAGCCAGAACUUCACACACAAACAGGUGACCAACGAGAUCACGCCGGUGCUGUCGUACACCUACCUGGCGGUGCUGGUGCCGGUGUUCCUGCUGACGGACCUGCUGCGCUACACGCCGGUGCUGGUGCUGCAGGCGCUGGCCUUCGUGGCCGUCUGGCUGCUGCUGCUGCUGGGCAGCUCCGUGGCGCACAUGCAGCUCAUGGAGGCCUGCUACGCCCUGACCAUGGCGGCCCGCAUCGCCUACUCCUCCUACAUCUUCUCUCUCGUGCGGCCCCGCAGCUACCAGCGCGCCGCCGGCCUGUCCCGCUCCGCCGUGCUGCUGGGCGUGUUCGCCAGCUCGGUGCUGGGCCAGCUGCUGGUGUCGGCCGCGGGCCUGCACUUAAGGACGCUCAACCGGGUGUCGCUGGGCUUCCUGCUCUGCAGCCUGCUGCUGUCGCUGCUCCUGCGCCGGCCCCGCCGCAGCCUCUUCUUCCACCCGCCCGCCGCAGGGGCUGCGCCUUCGGAGCUGUGCCGCAUGGCUCCGGGACCGGGGGCCGGGGGCGCCGAGCGCGGGGGCUGGCGACGCCGGAUACCGGUGCGCAUGCUGCAGGCGCUGGGCGGGGGGCUGCGGCGGCCCUCCCUGCGCCUCUGGUCUCUCUGGUGGGUCUGCAGCUCAGCGGGCUACUACCUCAUCGUCUACUACGUGCACGUGCUCUGGAGCGUGGUGGACAGCGCCACCCUGUACAACGGGGCUGCAGAUGCCGCCUCCACCCUGCUCGGCGCCGUGACCUCCUUCGCAGCGGGCUUUGUGAAGAUCCGCUGGGCCGUAUGGGGGAAGCUGGUGAUCGCGGCUGUGAUGGGGCUGCAGGCCGGCCUGGUCCUUCUCAUGUAUACUUCUCGCAGCAUCUGGCUCUGCUACUUUGCCUUCGUGCUGUUCCGGGGCGCCUACCAGUUCCUGGUCCCCAUCGCCACUUCCCAGAUUGCGUCCUCGCUCUCCAAGGAGCUGUGCGCCCUAGCCUUCGGGGUUAACACCUUCCUGGCCACGGUCCUGAAGACCUGCAUCACGCUCCUAGUAUCCGACUCCCGGGGCCUGGGCCUCCCCGUCCACUCGCAGUUCCUCAUCUACUCCAUCUACUUCCUGGCGCUCUCAGCGCUCUACCUUCUGGGAGCCGUGUGGGAGGGGCUGCGGCACCUGCGCAAGGGCCACCCCCCACCCCUGCCCGUGGCUCAGGAGCUCAGCAGCCCUGCAGAGAUGGCGGCCCAGGACGGGGACCUGCAGCAGCUGAGUCGGCCACCACCAAGGCCUGAGCCCCCCACGCCGCCCCAAGACUGAGCCCCGUUCCUGACCAGAGCCGCUGGCUGACUGGGGCUGUCGGAGCUGCCCUGCUCUCCGCCCCGAGGUCUUGAACCUGGAGCUGCUUGUCUCAGCAGCGUGGCCAGCCGCCCUUACGCCGAGCCGCUGUCCUGCUGUCCAGAGUUCAGGGCCCCAUGCCCUCACAUCGCCCCACCACAGGCCACGCUGCUGCGGACACCAGGCUGCGCAUCCUGGACUGGGCGUCUCACUGGAUGCGGGGCGGGAGCGGUGCACCCACCCUUGCUGCCCUGGGCCCAGCUGGAUUGCCCCUGUCCUGGUGUUAUUACUGAUUUCUGACAUUUAUAAACGAGAAACAUC